UUUUAGAGGGAAACUCAUUAAUAUUGGCACCUAUAUUUAACAAAGAAUUAUUUUUCUUCUGUUUCACACACACCAACAUACAGAGCACUCGAUGCCAAACCUCAGCACCGCUGACCACCGCCGAUCAUCACCAUCGCUAGCCACCGGCGCUCGCCAUCACGACCACUGCAAAUCGGCCCCACCACUGAUUACAGGUACCAUGGUUUCUGGAAUCAAGACGGGACGGCGGAAGACAACAACAAGUGGUAACGUAUUAUCAACCUCCGAAGCAUGUCCAGCAAUUAUUGGCACCCCGUUGAUGUUCACUGAUGAGACGCAGCCACCAGAUGAUACACAAACAGUGGUGGAGAAGACGCAGCAAGGUGGCGUGGGGCGAAAAAGGUUGAUUCGUGUACGAGGACGUACAUUAGGCAAAGGAGUGCAAAAAAAGAAUAGCUAGGAAAAAAGGAGAGAAAUUACAUGUGUAUGUCAAUCGUGUGUUGAACGCAAUCACAUGAGGGAAUGCAACCCCAACGACAAAUGAGUUGAGAUUGCAAAUUAGACGGUUGUGCCCUCUUCAGAGCCUGAAGUCAUGGAGAAAAAUCGAUCAAAGUACCAAAAAUGCGGUCAUCCAAGCGAUGCUAGACAAGUUUGUUAUCGGCGAUGAUUUUGAUAAUGAUGAACAAGCUCAACAAAUCCUCGAUAGAAAGGCAAAUUUGCUAUACAAGGAUUGGAGGUACAAUCUAAAGCAAGAGUUCCUCGAACUUGAGGAAAAGGGUGUUGAUGACCCCUAUAGUCAUCCGCCUAGUGGAGUGAGCUUGGACGACUGGAAAUAUCUUAUUGAUGUUGCUUGGAGAGACGAAUCU